UUCUUCAUUGUUUAUCAGUACGAGGAUGUCGUCCUGGAAAAAUUGUGCAGAUGACUGAAGCAGAAGUUCGGGGCUUAUGUAUCAAGUCUCGUGAGAUCUUUCUCAGCCAGCCUAUUCUUUUGGAAUUGGAGGCACCACUGAAAAUUUGUGGAGAUAUUCAUGGACAAUAUACAGAUUUGCUGAGAUUAUUUGAAUAUGGAGGUUUCCCACCAGAAGCCAACUAUCUUUUCUUAGGAGAUUAUGUGGACAGAGGAAAGCAGUCUUUGGAAACCAUUUGUUUGCUAUUGGCUUAUAAAAUCAAAUAUCCGGAAAACUUUUUUCUCUUAAGAGGAAAUCAUGAAUGUGCUAGCAUCAAUCGCAUUUAUGGAUUCUAUGACGAAUGCAAACGAAGAUUUAAUAUUAAAUUGUGGAAGACCUUCACUGAUUGUUUUAACUGUCUGCCUAUAGCUGCCAUUGUGGAUGAGAAGAUUUUCUGUUGUCAUGGAGGACUGUCCCCAGAUCUGCAAUCUAUGGAGCAAAUUCGGAGAAUUAUGAGACCCACUGAUGUCCCUGAUACAGGUUUGCUUUGUGAUUUGCUGUGGUCUGACCCAGAUAAGGAUGUGCAGGGUUGGGGAGAAAAUGAUCGUGGUGUUUCCUUCACUUUUGGAGCUGAUGUAGUCAGUAAAUUUCUGAAUCGUCAUGAUUUAGACUUGAUUUGUCGAGCUCAUCAGGUAGUGGAAGAUGGAUAUGAAUUUUUUGCUAAACGACAGUUGGUAACCCUAUUUUCAGCCCCAAAUUACUGUGGUGAAUUUGACAAUGCUGGUGGAAUGAUGAGUGUGGAUGAAACUUUGAUGUGUUCAUUUCAGAUACUGAAACCAUCUGAAAAGAAAGCUAAGUACCAGUAUGGUGGACUGAAUUCUGGACGUCCUGUCACUCCACCUCGAACAGCUAAUCCACCGAAGAAAAGGUGAAGAAAGGAAUCCUAUAAAGAAACC